CACUAUGCCUCGCAGAAUGAGUAAAAAUGGCUGAUAAUUGGGCUCGAUGAACUCCAGAUUGCUUGAUGGCCCAUACACAUUAGUCAUUGCUCCAAAAUUCGAGGAGAAGAUUCGGAACAGCACGGAAAAUAUGAUCCAAUAAGCUAUCACAAACAUGACACCACUGAUAAGCUGUAUUGAAGUGUCACUGAGGCUCGCUCACCGGAAAGGAGUCAGACGGACUCAAAACUCGGUCUCCGAGCACGUGCCAUGGUCUACUGCCAAGCCAUCCAGGAUUCCAGCGUCUCAUUCAUCCUCUGACAAUAGUACCCUUGUCACAAUAUCCUAAAUCUCAAAAUCAAGUCACCGUCGCACCUGAACAGCUCAAGAAACCAACAAUCAUGCACGGUCACAUGAAAGUUGUCAAGCCGAUAGGCUAUGAGAUGAAAUCAAAACUCGAAUCUGAAGACAAUUCAGACUCAGAAUCUGUAUCAUCAGGCAGCUCACCAACAUUCCAUCCCAAUGAUUGGCAGUCGAUAAGGAAAACUCAAAAAUCGUUCUACCUGGUUCUACCGAUUGCUUUUUUCGCCUCCUUCAGUAUGGCAAUUACGAAUCCCUCAACUCUGUUUGCUUACGCUACUUUGCUGUGUAAAGACGCAUUAGCAUGUCAGAAAGAAGAGGAGAACAGUUAUUCGGGCACCUUCGCAGCCUCAACUGCUGUGACGAACCUGUGUGGCAUUUUGGUGUUGGGGAUCCUUCCACUUCUCAGGAGGAUGAGCACAAAAGCGCCACUUUAUUUCUGGCUCAUCUCACGAGCACAUAGUGUUGGGUUUCUCAUGCUAGGAGUUUAUUUUGACAAUCUCUGGAUAGCUCUCUGCGGCCGAGUCUUUGAAGGUUUUGCCAAGGACAAUAUCCUUCAGCUAUGCCUGAACGCAAUCUUUGUUCAUGCUCCAGGUUAUAACCAAGUUUCUCAAUUCUUUGCUUUAUCACUUGCUUUGUUCAUGCUGGGUCAGGCUCUAGGAUCUAGUGUCGCUGGAAUAUUUUCGGACUUCAGGACGAGCUUUGUAUUGGCCAUUGGAAUGUUCGCUCUGUGCAUUAUUUACUUAUUCCUGGCAAUUCCAGAGAACAAGUUGGCUGGAAGUACGCGGGAAAUCACAGACGGAGAACCAUCAGAUCACGAAAGUAUGGGGAGACCAAGUCUAAUCAGGAAUUUUGUCGUAUCAGUGCGGUCACUCUUUGGUGAACCAGCUCUACUGCCGUUACAAUUCACAUUAUUGCUGUAUUUCGGAGGUGCAUCUUAUACACUCUCGGCGGUGAUGGUAUACGCAUCUUUACGCUUUCAAUUCACGGUCAAAGAGAAUGGGUGGCUAGUCUCGACCGCAGCAACAAGUGGCAGCAUCUAUCUUUUCGGUAUCCUCUUCAUUCUCAGGAAAAUCUGUCAUAGCAAAGCAGACGCCAAGGCCUUUGUUUGGUCAUCACGGAAGAGACCUCCUCCCGAUUUCUGGUUCGGCAUCGCAUCAUUGGCACUAUUUGCGCUCGCCGUGCCGUGCGUUGGACUUGCAUAUCAUGGCUGGCAUCUGUAUCCCAUUAUAGCUGUAACAGCCAUGGGCUUCUCAACCCCAACUUUCAUACGAACUUAUGCUGUCAGCUUGGUGUCAGAUGGAACACAGGCAAUUUCUAGUUUGGCGUUCAUGGAAGCUUCUGGAGCCCUCAUAUCACCACUUAUUUUGGGUGCUGUCCAAAGCAAGAUUGGAGUGAAAACAGUCUUUGUGGUAGCUUCAGGUAUGGUCAUCGUAGGGACGCUGUCUUUGCUUGGGAGUGCUUUCUGGAGGGGGUUCGGACGACGAAAAAGUGCUAUUCGAGCUAUUGAUAGUGUUGAUUAUCAGGCGCUAUGACAUUGACAAGAUACAGGUAUAGUAUAAAUGGAUUCUAACUAUUUUUAAGGUUCGAGCAGCCAGUAUCUUGAAACGCAUGUAGUUGAUGAAUGGUGAAGCUUAAUGUCGCUCCUUGCAAUGCUUCAGCAGACACACAGCCAUAAACGAGCCCCUGAAAUUAGCGAGCUUCACACGACUCCAAUCCCAC